AUGGUUCUGAUAACCAUUGUUACCGCCUGUUUUAAUUUAUUAAAGAACGUCCUGCAAACUUUCUUGUAUUUUAUAAUUCCGCGGCCUGUGAUCGUCGAUACUCAGGCACAACGCGCGAGAGAUUUACGUUUGACCGCGCAAUUCAUACAGAAUUUUGAAGAAAAAUAUGGUGUUGCGCACCCAGAUUUCUUUCAGGGAACUUAUUCUCAAGCUUUGGAUAGGGCAAAGAACGAUCACCGUUUUCUGAUGGUGAUUUUGGAAGCUGACGAACACGAUGAUACCGCGAAAUUUAACAAAGAAACGUUAACAUCGGAUGAUUUGAUAUCAUUCCUUCGUGAUAAUAAUAUAUUAGUGUGGGCGGGAAAUGUCAAAGAUCCGGAAGCAUUUCAAGUGAUUGUUCUUCAAACUCCUCACGGUAGCUCGGGAUUAAGUCCGAAGAUGACGGUGGUUGAUCGUAUCGAAGGAUUAUCGAGUCCCGAAACUCUCAUAGCGAGACUUACUAUUCAAAUAAACCGCUAUGGCCCCGGCCUGCAGAGAUUUCGCAUGGAUCGAGAAGAACGUGAAAGUGCUCGCAAAAUUCGCGAACAACAGGAUCACGCCUAUCUCGCUUCCUUGCAUGCUGACCAGGAAAAGGAGCGUAGAGCACGUGAAAUACAAGAACGCGCCAGGAAAGAAGCGGAAGAACGUCAAUUGUUUUUGGAAAACAGGGAAAAAUGGAGAAGAUGGUCUUUGGCCCAAUUACCCCCUGAACCCUCCCACGAUGAGAAAGAAGUGACAAGAUUGAGCUUUAAACUGGCAAGUGGAGAUAAGGUCAUCAGGAGGUUUAGGGCAGAUGACACUGUUGAGAUGCUAUAUAUCUUCGUAGACACUUAUCAUUUACGAAAGGAGUCUACUUCUUCUGAAACUCCACAACCGCCAAAAGAUUACGUCCACAAAUUUGACUUUCUACUUGUGUCGCCUUUUCCGCGAAUAGAAUAUCGUGUCGAUAAAUUCAAGACGAUCAAAGAAGAAAAUAGUUUCUGGCCAUCCGCCAAUCUUAUUGUAGAAAUAAUGUCUAACGAUGAUGAUGACGAAUGA